UUGCUUCAGGAGGAGUGGAUGCUGCUGAGUCAGCAACAGAAGGAUAUCUGUGGUUCCGAAAAGCUGGUGGCUCCACUAGGGAAAAACAAGAUGGGCUACAUGGAAGAAAGGGACUCACGAAGUCCAGCAGGAGAAGCCGGACGGGACCUGCCCCCGCAGAAGAAAGCCUGUCUUUCCCACUUCAGCACUGAGCAUGGCAACACUGAGAUAGACUGUGCAGGAAAAAGCAAAAAACCCUUGAAACCCCGCUCUAUCCAGAAGUCUUGGUUUACGCAGUUCCCAUGGUUGGUCAUGAAUGAGGAGCAGACGGCUCUCUUUUGCUCUGCUUGCCGAGAAUACCCAUCUGUCAGGGACAAACGGUCAAGAUUAAUAGAAGGUUAUACAGGACCAUUCAAGGUGGAGACUCUCAAAUAUCACGCCAAGAGCAAAGCUCACCUGUUCUGCGUCAAUGCCUUGGCAGCACGGGACCCCGUCUGGGCGGCCCGUUUCCAGAGUGUCCGAGAGGAAUGUGGAGAUGUCCUGGCCAGCCCGGAGCACCUCUUCAUGGCAGAGUACCCCAUACUGUACCCUCCGGGGGCUCUGGGAGUCUAUGAUAACAUGGCCCAGCUCCUGCCCAGCACAGGGGCUGAACCGGAGGACCCCAGGGGGAAUGGAGCAGUUCCUACACUGUAUCUAGACUGCAUUCCUGAGUUGAGGCAAAAAGAAAUUGCUGUUGAUGCCCACAGCUCCUCAAAGGUCAACAUUUUGCACGAUGAUGCUGCUGAACCCUGUGGCCAGGACCCGCCGCUGCCAAACCAAACCUGAUCUCAAAACUGGAACGCCGAGCUGCACCCUGGAUCAAGGACCCAAACGGGCCGAAGUGGGGGAAAGGUUGUCCUCCAGGGAAGAAGAAGAUGGGGGCCAGAAGAGAGGCAGACACACAAGCCUUGCCUAUAGACUCUCCCGUGCCUCCAGCAGCUCCUCUGGAGACACGUAACUCCUACUGCAAUUCCAGCCUUCGUGCAGUCGGAGCAGAUGGCCCUGGGAUGAUCAAGAGGACAUACAGACCCCGUUCCAUUCAGAGGUCAUGGUUUGGGCAGUUCCCGUGGUUAGUAAUUGACCCGAAGGAGACCAAGCUCUUCUGCUCAGCUUGCAAAGGAAGACCGAGUCUCCACGACAAGUCGUCCCGGUUAGUCCAAGGUUACACGGGGCCUUUUAAAGUGGAGACUUUAAAAUAUCACGAGGUCAGCAAAGCACACAAGCUCUGUGUCAACACUGUCGAAAUCACGGAGGACGCGCCUCCUGCCGCGCUGGUCCCGGAGAUGUCCAGCGACCUGAUGGCGAGCAUGGGCUACCUCUUCAACGCUGCCUACUCCAUUGCGUACCAUUCGCGGCCCCUGAACGACUUUGAGAAGAUCCUGCAACUCCUCCAGAGCACCGGGACCAUGAUUUUGGGCAAGUACCGGAAUCGCACGGCCUGCACGCAGUUCAUCAAGUACAUCUCCGAGACCCUGAGGAAGGAGAUCCUGGAGGAUGUUCGAAACUCGCCGUGCGUGAGCGUGCUGCUGGACCGCUGCACGGACGCCUCGGACCAGGCCUGCGUGGGGAUUUAUCUCCGCUACUUUAAGGGGACGGAGGUGAAAGAGUCGUACAUCACCUUGGCCCCUCUCUACAGUGAGACGGUGGACGGCUACUUUGAGACCGUGGUCUCUGCCCUGGAUGAGCUGGACAUCCCCUUCCGGAAGCCCGGCUGGGUGGUGGGCCUGGGAACCGACGGCUCCGCCGUGCUGAGCAGCAGAGGGGGCCUGGUGGAAAAGUUCCAAGAGGUCAUCCCCCAGCUGCUGCCCGUCCACUGUGUCGCCCACCGGCUGCACCUGGCCGUGGUGGACGCGUGUGGGGGCAUUGAUCUGUUGAAGAAGUGUGACCGGCACAUUCGCACGGUCUUCAAGUUCUAUCAGUCCUCGAGCAAGAGGCUGAGCGAGCUGCAGGAGGGCGCGGGGCCCCUGGAGCAGGAGAUCCUCCGUCUCAAGGACCUGAACGCCGUGCGCUGGGUGGCCAGCAGGAGGCGCACGCUGAACGCGCUCGUCGUGAGCUGGCCGGCCCUGGCUCGGCACCUUCAGGCUGUGGCGGAAGCGGGGGGCCAGACCGGGCACAGGGCCAAGGGCCUGCUGAAGCUGAUGAAGAGCUUCCACUUCGUCAAGUUCUGCCACUUCCUUUUGGACUUCCUGAGCAUCUACAGGCCCCUGUCGGAGGUGUGCCAGAAGGAGAUGGUGUCGAUCACAGAGGUGAACUCGGCGCUGGGACGGGCCUACGUAGCCCUGGAGGCCCUGCGUCACCAGGCAGGUCCCAAGGAGGACGAGUUCAAUGCCGGCUUCCGAGAGGGGCGGCUGCACGGCAUCUCCCUGGACAGACAGGAGGGGGCGGGGCAGCGCUUCCGGACGGACCGGGAGAAGGUGAUCGUCACGGGGAUCGAGUACCUCCAGCGAAGGUUUGACAUGGCCCGGCCCCCGCAGCUCAAGAACAUGGAGGUGUUUGACACUGUGGCCUGGCCAAGUGGGCUGGAACUGGCCAGUUUCGGGAACGAGGAUAUUCUGGCCCUUGCCAGGUCCUUCGAACUCUCGCUCCCCGCGGGAUACAGCAAGGAGGCGCUCCUGGAGGAGUGGCUGGGCCUGAAAGCCAUGGGCAGGAACCUCCCGUUCUCGAUGCUCUGUAAGAACGCCCUGGCACAGGGCUGCCGCUUCCCCCUGCUGAGCAGGCUCGUGGCCGUCGUGGUCUGCGUGCCCGUAUCCACCGCCUGCUGCGAGCGGGGCUUCAGUGCCAUGAACCGGAUCAGGACGGAUGAAAGGACCAAGCUCUCCAACGAGGUGAUCAACAUGCUCAUGAUGACAGCGGUGAACGGGGUGGCCGUCACGGAGUACGACCCACAGCCCGCCAUCCAGCACUGGUACCUGACCUCCUCCGGCCGGCGGUUCAGCCAAGUCUACGCAUGCGCCCGAGUGCCGCCCCGCGCCCAUGCACGAGCGGGGCUCAGGAAGGAGAAGACGGGGCCACUCUAUAUGGAGGAGGCUGUGACCCAGAAGCCACCCAUUCCAACCUACAGGGAGCCAGCGGAGAUCCCGAAGGACUGCAUUGCGGACCCUCCUGACAGACUCCUGUACCCCCAUACCAGCCAAGAGGCCCCUGAGCUGUCCUGACAGAGAGCUCCCAUAGGAGCAGGACUCCUAGGGAUUGCCUUGGAGACCCCCCUGCUGCCCUGCCCCUUGGAAUCGUGGUGACAGGCUCUCUGCAGAAUCUAGGCUGCCCUAGAAUCUUCCUUUUCGGGGACUCUCUAAGUACCAGGAAGUGGGCAGUGACAAGACGGUUAAGCCCACCUCCCAGAGAGGCAGGGUAAUCAGGAGCACAAGCCUGUUUACCAAGGCCCCUCUCUAAGCAGCAGUGACCCCACAGCACUGAAACAGGCAGAAAGGUUCCCAUCUCAGAUUCAUCUUCAAGGUGCUUCAGGAAAUGAUCCUAUCAGGAAAGACAUCAUCCCAUGUUCUGGGGGCAAGAGGACUUCUCUGAAAUGGGAGAGACUGUUGGGGGUAAGGGCUAAAAGGAGCAUCCCAGCCCCCCAGGAUGGUGCCGGAGCAUUCCAGGGAGGCGGUGGCACGGAAGAGGUGCCUGGGGACCGGCGGAGGGUGACCAGGCUCUGGGGACAACUGGCCUGGCUCUGGGUAUGUCACCCUGGCUCCAUGGCAGACACAGGGAAGCCUCCACUACAGACGGGAGACUCACAGCAGAGAAUUCCUCCCCCUCCUCCCAGGGCCUCCCUUAGGAUGAGCCAAGCAAAACCCUCUACACAAAGCCCUCAAGAGAGGCCACCUUCCUGUUGCCCCAGGACCACGGAGGAAAGUCUUUCUGGGGAUGAGCUGCUGCCUCUCACCGGUGGCAGCCCUUCUGUGUGACCUGCACCAGUGCUGGACGUGAGCCCGGGCUCCGGAGGGGCGGACACGUUCCACGCUUGCCCCGGGGAGGCUUGCGGUCCAGCCCCAGCUCUGCUGCAGGCAGAGGUUCAACCAUAAUUAAUCCCAUCCUCUUUUCUGUGCCUCGAUUUCCCUCUCCGUGACAUGGCAGCAGAGAAUCCAAGUGCCUGCUGGCUCCUGGUCUGCAGACGGUGCCUCCAGCUCCCAUAAAGACAGACAUUGGGUGGCACAGAGUGGACUUAGCUGCCUUCAGCCCUUGUCCUUGUCCCUUGCUACCAAUGUCCUUACUGUGGGAAGAUGUGCUCCCUACGUGUGCCACUCUUCCCAAAGUUGCUCUGGGACCCAGCCUAGGAAUCACUAGGGGUGCUUGUUAAAUAUGGCCCCCCCCAUACCUGCCUGAUCAGAUCCGUGGGACUGGGGCUCAGGGAUGGUGCAUUGUCCGCAGGAUCCUCCAGGAACUUUGUGGGCCCUCUCAAACUUGAGGACCCCCACCCCAUCUCCCCUGCCUCCCAGAAGUAAAGCACUUUCCCCUCCAGGGCAGCUUCAUUUUAGGGGCAGGAUCUGAGGCUGCUCACCUGGGGGGAUGAUGUGGGGCCUAGGUCCUACCUUCCCAACCAUGGGUGGGAAAUGGGGAGGCUAGAGGGAAAAGCUUCUUCGCCCCCCACUUUUCGAGUUUCAUACAGGCCAGAAGUGGUGCUGCGUCCCAGCCUCGCACCUGGCAACCCUGUCCUGUGCUCCAAGUACAAGGUGUCUGGCCCUCAGCCAGCAGUCUGUCCUUCUCCCAGUCCUAGGGUGGUGCUGGGAUCCAGUGUCCCCCAGUACCUGAUGUUUCCGACUCUCCCUUCCUGCCACCCACCCUUAGCAUUUAGCCUUAGUGCCCUCGCCUUCCUGUUUUCAGCUGUGGGCUGGAAUUCGCCCUCACUCUCCGCCUUUAAUUUAGCCUGUGGAAAUGUCUCUCUCCCAGUCCCCUGGUCUGGGGUCUGAGGUAUACCACGGGCCCCUGCAGCUACAGCUGUGGCCACCCCAUGGAGAUAGGAGCCUGGCCCUCCCUCCCCCAUCCACGUAAGGUUCUAUGGGGAGUUCAGGGAUCUGCCCGAGGCUAGGUGUUGUGGGCGUGAGUUGGUGGGAUGGAAGAGAGAAAGACCCUUCAAAGUGGGGGUUGUCACCCUACACCCUAUUCCUAGAUUCCAAAUUGAGGUGACUUUCUGGCAAGCCUCCUCCCCAUGGCCUCUUCCAUUCUUUAAGAAUCCUCAGAGCAUGAGGCCAGUCCCUCCAGCAGUGUUGUGUGUGAGUUCCAUACACACAAUGCCCUGUGCCGCUCUAGGCACGGAGGUGGAGGCCAGGUAGGGAAGCAUCUGGCCUCCACAUCCACGUACUAAGGAAGACCGCACUGCCGGCUUUUGAGAAGGCUGGGCCCCUUGGAGGAGGCGACUAAAAACGCAGUUUGUCAUAGAGAUUUGCACUAUCCACAUUUCUCUUGGGGCGCAGGCGUGCUAGCUAAUGGCGAAGAGGACUAGCCACCUUUUUGUGCAGGACCCAGGGCUGACACGCGGUGAGCACCAGCCUGAACUCUGUUUUGUUUCAAGACACUCCCUGCAUUUCAAACCCAGCGCCUGGAGAUGCCCUUGUUGGAGAGCCAUCCUAUUUUUGCCUUGCAAGAGAGCAAACUGAAGGGCACGGGGAAUAGAAGGGUCGAGGCGCUGGCCAGAGUCCUAGCUACGCCUCCACCCUCCUUCCCCUCUUGUAAUCUUAAUAGCAUCUCCUCUGAUCCUGGCAUCCCCCCAUCCCUACCCCCACCCCAUAACUGCAGCCCACAGCGUCUGACGUUCUGAAUUAACCGGCACUAUAACAGAUGGUUGAUUCCAGUAGCCAUA